AUUUUGGAAAUCAAACUCUUUUUUCUUUUUUUAAUUAAUUUCUGGAUUGAUGUUAGAAAUAUAGCAUCAAUGUCAGAGGCUUGGGAACUUUCUAGUCUGGUUCACAAGCUCAAUAACAUACACAAUCACCUUCAGACUCAGCUUGCCCUUUUACAUAAGCAGAUGGAUGAUAACAAACAAACUGAAGCUUUCGAGACACUUGUGCGCCUUUUUGAUGCAUCUCACGCUGACAACUUGGAAAUUCUUCAAGGUUUGUUUGACUUCAAGGAUGAUCAACUGCCACUCCUUGAUUGUUCUACCAAGCAAAGGGUAAGCAGUGAUGCAUUGAGGAGUAAAAUUGUGCUGCUAUUCAUAUCAGAUCUCGAUCUCUCUGACCAAGAGAUCAUGAUUCUUGGACAUAUGCAUCUCGAGUCACGUGAGGAACCAGACAUGUUUCCUAUUCCAUACGAAGUCGUUUGGUUUCCAGUUGUGAACAAGGCAACCCCAUGUACUGAAGUGAAACGGAAGAAGUUGGAGGACCUACGAUCAACAAUGCCAUGGUACUCAAUUUAUGAUCCUUGGCAGAUAGAGCAAGCAGUCAUUAAGUACAUUAAAGAUAUUUGGCAUUUCAAGAAGAAGCCCAUACUUGUUGUGUUGGACCAGCAAGGAAAGGUUGUCAACCUAAAUGCUUUACACAUUAUGUGGAUUUGGGGAUGCUUAGCAUAUCCUUUCGCAGUUUCUGACGAGGAAUCCAUUUGGGCGAAACAAACAUGGGGACUCCAGCUAUUGGCAGAUGUGUUUUCCUUCUGUAUAUGA